CGUCCAACUUCCUAUGGAAAAUGCCGAAUCUCACACUCAACAACAGUUGACAAAAAAUGACAAUGGAAAGUGAAACAGGGUUUUGUGAUUCUCCAUUUUUGGCUUUAAAUGAAACAUGGAACACUGUGGAUCCAGACUUCUCACCCUGUUUUCAAAAGACAGUUAUUUUAUGGAUACCAUGUGCCAUUCUAGUCUUAGGAACUCCGAUACGUAUAUUCCAGCUGAGCAAAAGCCAAGUUCCUGCCUUGCCAUUUACAUGGCUUAAUAUAGGAAAAACAAUUUUAUCUAUACUGAUAGCCCUGUUAGCUGUAGCCAAUAUAGGGAAAAGUAUACAUGAGUUAGCCACUGGAGAUUUGGUGCCAACAGUAGAUUUUGUAUCACCUUUGAUUUUAUGUCUAUGUAUGAUAUUAACAGUAUUAGUGAUACAUCAUGAACGAAGAAGAGGUGUAUUUUCUUCAGGAUUUUUGUUAUUUUUCUGGUUGUUACUAUUUAUAGCAGGAAUAUUUACAUUCCAGUCGUUAGUAAGAGCAGCUGUUAAGGAUGGGGUAUCAGAUGUGUUCCGUUUUGUUAUAUUUUUUCUGUAUUUUCCGUUACUUGUUGUACAGCUAGUUUUUUCAGCAUUAGUAGAUGGUGGUGAUACUAUAUAUCAAGUUAGUCAAAAUGAGAAUCCUUGUCCAGAAGAAAGAGCUUCAUUUUUAUCCAGAUUGAUAUUUUGGUGGUUUAAUCCUAUGGUCAUACAAGGAUAUAAACGUGACAUUAAGAGGGAGAAUCUCUGGGCGUUAAAUCACGAAGACAACACAUCUUCUGUGUUUCCUAGAUUUGAAAAAUUCUGGAAGAAAGAAGAAGAAAGAGUUGAAAAAAAAAAGCAGAGACCAGAGACCCCUGACACCAAUGGUAUUGAAAUGAAAACAAGAACAGAAGAUGGACAAUUAUAUACAGAGGUUGAGGUCAAAGAUGGAGCAAAGAAAUCUCCACAGAAAAAACUUCUUAUCUGCUUCAUUAAAGUGUUUGGACCAAUCUGUCUCUUACAUGCAUUUUACAAGUUGUUGUUUGAUAUACUCCAGUUUAUUAGUCCACUUAUUUUGAGAUUAUUGAUUCGGUUUACCAAAGACAAGGGAGAGUAUGAAUGGAGAGGAUAUUUAUACAGUGUUUUAAUGUUUCUUGUUGCUGUUGUACAGUCGUUAAUUUUACAUCAAUACUUUCAUGGUGCUCAGUUAGUUGGAAUGAGAUUGAGAACGUCUAUUAUAGCUGCUGUUUAUAACAAGAUGUUGAAGUUGUCCAGUUCUGCCAGAAGAACUUCUACUGUAGGGGAAAUAGUCAACUUAAUGGCUGUCGAUGCCCAGAGAUUUAUGGACCUGAUGACAUACUUCCAUACAAUCUGGUCUGGGCCAUUUCAGAUUGCUAUGUCUUUGUACUUCCUGUGGCAGACUCUUGGACCGUCCAUCUUGGCCGGGUUUGGUGUUAUGGUGUUACUGAUACCUAUUAAUGCAGUCAUUGCCAAAAAGUCCAGAGAUUUACAGAUGAAACAAAUGGGAUUAAAAGAUAAAAGAAUCAAACUGAUGAAUGAAGUUUUAAAUGGUAUAAAAGUUCUUAAACUUUAUGCAUGGGAGCCAUCAUUUGAGAAGCAGAUUUUAGACAUACGUAACAAAGAAUUAGUCGUUCUGAGGAGGAUGGCAUAUCUAAAUGCUGUUGUGUCAUUUACAUGGACUACAGCUCCAUUCUUGGUGUCAUUGGUGACAUUUGCUGUGUAUGUAAUGAUAGAUCCAGCUAAUGUCCUGGAUGCUGACAAGGCUUUUGUCUCACUCUCUCUGUUUAACAUUCUGAGAUUUCCCCUAUCUAUGUUACCUCAGGUCAUCUCAAUGUUAGUACAGGCAAGUGUAUCAUUGAAGAGAAUACAGACAUUCCUUAACAAUGAUGAGUUAGAUUAUAGUGCAUUUUCCAGGGAUAUCAAUGCUAAACAUGCCAUUACCAUAGAAAAAGGAAUAUUCUCAUGGGAGAAAGAGUCUACAGCUACACUGAAAGAGCUGUCUAUAGAGAUCCCUGAUGGUUCAUUGGUGGCUGUAGUAGGACAGGUGGGUUGUGGGAAGUCAUCGCUCCUGUCAGCCAUAUUGGGAGAGAUGGACACUAUCUCAGGAAAAGUUAACGUCAAGGGAAGUAUGGCUUAUGUUGCCCAGCAGGCCUGGAUUCAAAAUACAACUCUACAAAACAACAUCUUAUUUGGUAAAGAUUUAAACCAGAGUGAAUACGAUAAAGUUGUAGAUGGCACAGCACUCAGACCUGAUCUGGAGAUCUUACCUGGUGGUGAUCAAACAGAAAUUGGUGAAAAGGGUAUAAAUCUGAGUGGUGGUCAGAAGCAGCGAGUCAGUUUAGCCAGAGCUGUAUAUCAAGAUGCAGACGUAUAUCUCCUUGACGACCCACUUAGUGCUGUUGACUCACAUGUUGGGAAACACAUCUUUGAUGAAGUUUUGGGACCAAAUGGACUUUUGAGAAAUAAGACAAGAAUUUUAGUAACGCAUGGAAUCAGUUUCCUAUCUAAGGUGGAUAUUAUCAUAACCUUAGUGGAUGGUAAAAUUAGUGAGAUGGGAUCAUACAGCGAUCUUAUCAGCCAUGCUGGAGCAUUUGCUGAGUUUCUCAAGAAUUACCUCAACGAAGAAUUAGAAAAAGAAGAUCUAGAAGACGAAAUUGAAGAUUUACAAAUAGCAGAAGAUAUGGUUAACAAGUUAGAGAAUGUGAUGGAUGACAGUCAGACUAAACUACUCAAACACAGGUUGGAAACAGAUAUAGAGAGGCAAGUGUCUGUUCUUUCUCAGAGAACCAGGACAGAAUCAGAAAUGUCUGAUGGUCAAAAGUCAGAUAUUUUAGGCACUUCAUGGAAGGGUUCCCAGGGACUGAUAAAUCAGAAGAUGGCACCUAAGAAACAGAAGUCAGUAAUUGCUGCGGACACUGAAAAUCUGAAAUUAAAAAAACAAGUCAAAGAAAAGAAAAAGGAAGAAAAAUUGAUACAAGCUGAAGGUGUAGAGACAGGCAAGGUGAAGUUGAAUGUGUUUAUGGCAUACCUGAGAUCUGUAGGAAUAUUACUGAGUUUACUUAUUAUAUUUUUCUACAUAUUGUAUAAUGCUGCUAGCAUUUACUCUAAUAUCUGGCUGGCUGAGUGGAGUAACGACAACACGACUAUAGUGAAUGGAACAAUAGACACAGCACAAAGGGACCUGAGACUUGGUAUCUACGGUGUUAUUGGCUUCAUCCAAGGCUUCUUCACAUUGUUAGCUGGAAUAUGUUUAGCAGUCGGUUCCAACAUGGCUACCGCCAAGCUUCACAGAAGUCUCCUGCUUGGCAUUCUAAGGUCGCCCAUGUGUUUUUUCGAUACAACACCACUUGGACGAAUUAUAAAUAGAUUUUCAAAAGACGUGGAUGCCAUUGAUAUCCAAGUCCCAGAAAUGUUUAAAAAUUGGUUCUUGUGUUUGGUCAAUGUGUUAGGUGCCAUGAUUGUGAUUUCCAUAGGAACACCAAUGUUUAUUAUAGCUCUGGUUCCAAUGGGUAUUUUGUAUUUUUUUGUAAUGAGGUUUUAUGUUGCCACAUCCAGGCAGUUGAAAAGAUUAGAGUCUGUGAGCCGAUCCCCAAUCUACUCACACUUUGGUGAGACAAUAACAGGAGUGACAACAAUCAGAGCAUAUCAGCAACAACUUAGAUUCAUUGCCGAGUCAGAAGAAAGGGUGGAUGAGAAUAAUAUAUGCUAUUUUCCCAGUGUUAUAGCCAAUAGAUGGUUAGCCAUACGACUAGAGUUUGUUGGAAAUUGUAUUGUAUUUUUUGCCUGUCUAUUUGCUGUGAUUGGAAGAGAUACCUUGACGGCAGGAAUUGUUGGAUUGUCUAUAAGUUAUGCUUUGAAUGUGACACAAACAUUGAAUUGGUUAGUGAGAAUGACAACAGAAUUAGAGACAAAUAUUGUGGCUGUAGAGAGAGUGAAGGAAUACACAGAAACUCCUACAGAGGCUGCUUGGGAGAUAGAGGAUAAGAAGCCAGCUUUAUCCUGGCCUGAUAAGGGAAGUGUAGAGUUCAAUGACUAUGGUGUCAGAUAUAGAGAAGGUCUGGACCUGGUCCUGAAAGGAAUAUCCUGUAAAAUAGACCCGACUGAAAAGAUUGGAAUAGUUGGGCGGACAGGUGCUGGUAAAUCCUCACUUACAUUGGCCCUGUUCAGAAUUCUGGAGAAAUCUCAGGGUAAUAUCAUCAUAGAUGGUAUAGACAUAUCAACCAUAGGUCUUCAUGACCUAAGGGCAAAGAUCACCAUUAUACCUCAGGAUCCAGUGUUAUUUUCUGGAAGUUUGAGGAUGAACAUAGAUCCAUUUAGUUCCUACACAGAUGAUGACCUAUGGAAAGCUCUGGAGCAUGCUCAUUUAAAAACAUUUGUCAGUAAUCUGCCUGAGGGGCUACAGCAUGAAUGUAGUGAAGGAGGAGAAAACCUUAGUGUUGGUCAGAGACAGUUAGUUUGUCUAGCCAGAGCCUUGUUGAGGAAAACCAAAAUACUAGUUCUAGAUGAGGCUACGGCAGCUGUUGAUUUGGAGACAGAUGACCUAAUACAGAACACCAUAAGGACAGAGUUCUCUGAUUGUACUAUAUUAACUAUAGCGCAUAGACUUAAUACAAUAAUGGAUUAUACACGGGUAAUGGUAUUAGAUGCUGGUGUCAUCAAAGAAUUUGACUCACCAAAUAACUUACUGAAAGAUACAAACAGUUUAUUCUUUGGUAUGGCUAAGAAUGCCGGACUUGUGGCUUGAUAGAAUAUGAUGCAAGACCAGUGAAGGUUUAGCUUGAAUGUUGAAUGUCUAUCAUGAAGAAAAAGAGAAUGAUCAACCAACUUGAAUUUAUACUUUAGAAUGCCUAUGAAAUACUGUAGAAUCAGUAUUGAGGUUCAUGAAGGGUGAACGGUGUGUUGGUGAACUUAAAAUUGUGAAAACAUCUUGGAGUUUUUAUAUGUUCCUGUCGUGGAAAUAGCCUCCAAAUUUUUGAAAAGUCAAAUAUCAUUGUAAACACUUUAAUGUCAAUUGUUAUGCCACAUGUAAUAAAGCAGAAAAAUUGUAGUUCCAAGUUAGAGUUAUUUUUCUUGCAUUAACCUUUGUUAAAGUGCUGGAAACAUCUUGGUAUUUUUGUUGUAUAAAGAGUUGGAACCUCAAUUAUCCAUAAUGUUUUGAAAUCCCCUUUUUAUUAUUGAUAAUGUUCUCUAUUCUACAAAGUAAUUUGAAGUUAUCACCUAUCAUAACAAAUAUAGAUAUCCAGUAUCACAGGAAUAAAGAGCUCUAAUAUCCUAUAUCUUACAAUAUAUGCAGGAGUAAAGGAAGAACUACUUACGGCUAUUCCUUUUAAAAUGAAUGAGGGAGAGUCGAAAGGGACUUUCAAAACCCCCACAACAAAUACUUUUGUAGUAAUUUUGUAUACAUCAAUAGACAUACUAUCAUAAAUGACAAAUUAUCCGAGUCCAAAAAUAAAACUUUCCUUUCUACCCUCCCACCUUUACUGUAAUGGAAUAGCCCCUAAUAAGGAUCUGUAGUUCAUAAACUUUUAUUAUCUAGUCUGUUAUUUUGAAUGAAUUCCAAUUGUCUGCAUGAGAGGGGCCUUAUCUACUGUGAACUGAUUUAGAUUGUUAAGAAUAAAAGUCUUUUGUUGAUCUGCAUGAGAGGGGCCUUUUACGCUGUAAAUUCUUUUGGAUUGUUAAGAAUAAAAGUCAUUUGUUGAUAUGCAUGAGAAGGGCCUUUUAUGCUGUGAAUUGAUUUAGAUAUUUAUGAAUUAAAGUCAUGUUUUGAUCUGCAUGAGAGGGGCCUUAUAUACCCUGAAUCGAUUUGGAUUGUUAAGAAUAAAAGUCAUGUUGUUGUACUUAUGUUUGUAAAUUUGUUAGUUGUUAUGUUUAUAUAUAAUGUGUUUAUUGCAAUUUUGAAAUAAUUAUUUCAACCAUUACAUAUUUAGCUUUGUGUUGACCUUAAAAUCUAAUUUGAAUUAAGUAGUACACAAGUGCUUUAGUUCUGAGGAACUUGUUGGUUGUAGCAUAGAUGUAAUCAAUGACCUGGCCCAAUUUGAGGCAAAGAAAUUAAGAACAUUUAUUAGACCCUAUUGUUGUACUGAGUAGAACUGAAAAUUAAUUUGAAGAAUUUUUUUCUCCAAAAAUGGUUUUUAAAUGUAUCAGAGGGGGAAUUACUUAAGUUUAACAGGUUUAAAUGCUUGCAAUAUGAAGACAUACUUCAAAAGAGAUAACUAAUUAUUUGACAGCAAAUUUUGAACAUUUGAAUUUUGUGUGUUAAUUUUAUAUGAAUGUUAUAAUUUUUCGAUUCUUAGUACUUGGAGAUGUACUUUAGUAUGAACUAUAAUAAGAGAUUAAAGUUGUUAAAAUCUUGACAUUCUGUUUUGCCAUGGUUUGUUAUUUUAAAAUUGAUACAUAUCGAUUUGAACUGCACUUGUUUGAAAAGUUUUAUGGCUUGUACAAAUUGUCAAAUAAAGGUAAUCAUGUUUCAUAUUGAAAUGAUGGAAAGGUGUUACUUUAAUUGAAUAAUUUUUAUUUGUUUAAAUGUCAUUUGAAGUCUGAGUAAUUUGUUUAAAUGUCAUUUGAAGUCUGGAUAAUUUGUUCAUAUGUCAUUUGAAGUUUAAAUUACCUAGCUAUAUAUCGUUAAAAAGUAUAGGGUCCCAUAAUUGCCUCAUCUUGCCUGACUUUUCAGAGAAAUUGGAAUUUUUAAUUCAAGAUUUCCAUUAAUGUAUAUUUUAAAGUUGACAAUGCAAAAAUAAAAACACAUCAAUUAUAUUAAUACAGCAUCCCCAUGAUUUUCUAAUACUUCAGUUUUAAGGCAAAGAUUCAGGGCCUUAGUUUAUGUGUUUUAAUGUUCAUACGGGUAAAUUUGAGUUGUAGGCAAGUUAUUGUAUUACUCUGUCUUUGGGUGAUGGUGUAUUAGUGAGUAUAGUUUCAAAUGAAUGUAAGUUAAACAAUAUAUUAGAAUUGAGAUAUGAAAUAUAUCAAAUUUUUAGAAAAAGUAAAAAACUUAUUUGCCUAUUCUCGUUUGGUUUUGUUUGUAUUGAUUCUCUAGCUAUGAGUAAUUAAAAGAAAAUAGUCAUUAUUUUUAGAAUUUUUAGAUUAUCUUGAACAGUCUUCAGUAGUUUUAUAGUUUGUAUAUGUAAAUAAUCCUGCAUAUCUUUCAUUUUUUUUUGUCUGUGUAUCGCUAGUUAUGUAAGAAUUCUCAUUCAAUUAAUUAUAAAAGACGGAAGCAAAAGUAAUGGCAGUUUUAUUUUCUGUUUUCUUGGAUUUGUUUCAAAUUUCAACUUCCUUGAAUGUACAGUUACAACUUGAAACACUUUCAUUUUACAUUGUACAAAUUGAAGGCCAGAUCCAUUGAUCUGGUAACAACCUUACAUGUAAAUAGUUCAUUGAUUUUAGUUAUUUUAAAAGAUUUAAGAAAGUAACAGCGGUUAAUAUCUUAAUUCCGUAGCAUUCUAGGUAAUGUUUAAAAAAAUAACCUACACCAAAAUGUUUUCAUUUGCUACAAACAUCCUAAAGAGUGUGAUCCCAUUUUCAUAAUUUUGGUAAGAACAAUAAAAGACUGUUUUCAAUUUUCUUAAAGCAAAGUUUACCUUAGAUGGAAUGUGACUGUUCUGUUCAGGCUGACAUGUAUGAUCAGUUCUUUACUGGUGUUCAGGAUUCAAUCUUUAGCUAUUAGCAUCCCUGUUUAAGGUUAACACAGCAAAUGAUUUUGAAAAAAUAUCAACCUUUGACAGUUUCAAUUUUAAUGCUGUUAAAAUGUUGUUUUCAUAAAGCACUUUAACUGUCAUGAAUUAGCUUUUUCAUAAAAUUUUGACAAAACAUUUACUUUGACCCUAUGACAAAAAUAUAAAUAUUUUUAAAAAUUUGAACCACACACUUUAUCGGAUAAAUUUCUUUGGAUAUAUAUAGCAGUUUGACAAACACUGAUUUUGAUCAUUGAUAAGCUUAAUAUUUCCUUAACAAUAGAACGUGAUUAAAACAUUCAGCUGAUUUUUACAGAGUUAUCUCCCUGUAGUGUUAUGUACCACCUUAAGAUAUCAUUGAUCAGUAAUUAGAUAAUUAAUAUUAAAUGUUAUUUUUAUAUGCAGUCAAGACAUGAACAUGAUAUAUAUUUUUAAGCAUCAAUUUGAUCUUAUUACAUUUACUUGUUUUGCUGUUUGAAUAUGUUCAGGUAUAAUAUUUUAAUUUCAAUAUCUUUACAUUGAGUUGUCAGGUUGCUGUUCUGAGUUUUGGUUGGAUUCAGUUUUGAUUAAUGAGUUGCUGAAUUGCACAUGUUAAAGAUAAAUGUAUUUUUGAUUUUCAAUUUGUUUUUUUGGCAUGUCAAGUUCACUUUUUUUAUUUUUUGUGAUUUUAUGAUAUUUUUGAUGAAUAAACAUUUAUUAUCCACAUGUUUUUAUGAUACUGUAGCUGCUGUUAUUGUUACUGGGGUACUCAUUUAAUAAAAAAAUCAUGGUUAAGGACGAACCACAAAUUUAAGUGUUCAAAGAAAUGCAUAGCGAGAAAAUUUGUCAAAACUAUGAAUUGAUAAGUACCCUCCAAAGUUCUACUAAAAUUGAUACCCAAGAAAAUAUCAGAUCCACAGUGUAAUUAAGUAUUCUUGUCAAUUAUAUUGUUUAUCAGUUUUUUACUGCUUUUAAUUCCCCACUACUCAUAAUUUUUUUGGUACAUUAAAGAUUUAUUGAAAUAUGGAAAUCUGUAUAUAAGUUUUGCUAGUUGUUUCUCAUGUCCAGAGAAAUAGCUCUGGUCAAUAUUUUACCAAAAUGAGAAUAUUACAUUUGUUUUUAAUUUAAUUUAUAAAUGUGUAGAGUGUUAGUUCAUCUUUACUUUAAUGCCGUCAUAUUGCUCAUUUAUGAGUUUAAUAGUUAUGAAUGUUUGUAUUUCAUCAUUGACAUAUUGUUAUCAGGAAUAACUGGGUUAUGAUGGAUGCUUUGUAUGAUGCCAUCUUUACUAAUAAAAAAAUUCUUUGUUUUC